AUGAGACGACAAACGCCCAUAGCUCAUCUGCUCUACUCGCACCUGUUUCCUCACCCAACGCCAAACGACCCACCUUCCUUCUCAGCACACCUGGCUCGUAACUUGGUGCCAGAAGUCCGCAUUGAAGUCGCUACUUUCUAUGGCGAUCUGAACAGCGCUGAGGCACGCUAUCCCGGGCUGAAUUACUGCCACCCACCUCACCGCAUGCGUCUGGGCCGCUUCAAGCACCACAGGCGACUGUUUGAUGCAUUCGACUCAUUGGGCUUGACCUACAACGAGAUACAGGACUUCUGCUGUUGGGAGGGUACAAAGUGGGCGCGGGAGCGCUACGAGAAGGACGAAGGAGUGGUUGUAGUCGACACAACUGGCAACGACAUCGGCCCUUUCGUGGACAGGCGAGAUCGACCCAGCGAAGAUUACAGAAGGCACUCUAUCACGAAGAAGACCGAGAUCUCGGUUGUGGUGGAAGAUGCAGAUGCGAGCAACAGCCGUCAACCACCCAUUCAGGAAGAUGACGAAGAGAUGAACGAUGCAGAAUCGGAAGGAGACGCAGAGACCGAAGACGCGAACAUGGAGAGCGAACAAGAGCCACUUGCAGAAACAGCAGCUCGCCAGCAGCACAUGGCGCAGCUCGAGCAGCGUCGCGAUCAAGCCAUCACACAACGAAUCAACCAACGUAUACUCGCGGCUUGGGAGCGAGGCCAGACUUUGCCACCUGAGCUUGAAGCCUAUCUCAAGGAACAGUCCGAGCGUGGCGAUUCGGAUCUCAGCGGACUACUUGCUGGACGACGCGCAUCGCAACGAUACGUGCCAUCCGAGAAUGCUGCACCAGUGGUACCCCAAGCAUCUCGGGCAGCAGCAUAA